AUGUUGUCUGCGCCUCAUCAGAUGAAAGCGGUCACCGAUAAGGUUUCGAAUUUCACAAUCGACAUGAAGAUGGUGUGUCCGAUGCAGUACCGUCAUGACGAUGCACUGGUAGCGUUUGCAGGCCGUUUUUUGUACCACGGCAACGAUUCACCGUUGCAGUCCCAUGUUACGUUCGUUCCUCGUACCUCGAAGAUGUUCGCCGUUGCGAUCACCGACAUUCUGCCUAACAGUUUCUUGUACCAUGUGUAUCUGGCUGACCUGGCCUCGGUCGAAAUCAACCUCAACGGCAGUCAGGUGCCGAACUCUUUGAAAAUUCCUCUGAGGCUCAUAUGCUGGGGUUGCAGAGCCCGACUGCAGGCAUCGCUGUCGAAAGUGCCUGUCGUGUCCAUUUCCAAGAACAACAUCCGCAUCAAAGCCGAGGGCUUUGUGAAGAUUGUCGCCUACGGAUUCCUGAUCCGAGUUAACGUCCUGACAGCCGCCAUCAACGUCGAUGUUCGCGCCACCGUACAGUUUGUUGACGGCCGCCUCCAGUUGGAAACGAACCUCGACAGCGUCGGCAUCACGAUCAUCAAGAUGCCCAUGCGGACGAUUCUCACAAACGUCCUGACACCGUUUCUGGAGGAUCUUCUCAGAGGCAGUGCUUGGCCCAUGGUCCAGGAAAAACUCGCAAAGGUGCUGCAGGAAUCUCCCGUCCAGAUCCCCACGAUUUGUGGAAUUCAGCUGGUCAAUACCUCAAUCGAAUUAAUAGAAAAUUGCGUCAUCGUUGCUUCGGAUAUCCGCUAUAACGUAUCAAAUCUGAUAAUGAAAUUACAGCAAUCAUCGGAGGAGCGCAGAGGCAUAACUCAACCGACUGAUCCUCAGUGA